GGGCGGGGCAGAGCGCAGCGGCAACAUGGCUGCAGAUUACUGGGAGCCAGAGAGAGAAGAGCCGUUGUCACACUGAACCGAGCCAAAGAACCAAGCGGCCGGACCGGGACCGAUCUUCCCGGUGUGCAGUCCGGCCUGGCUGCCCCUCCCCCCUCUUCGGCGCGGCCCCCCCUGCCCCCCCUCAUGGAGCGGGUGAGGAAGAUCAAACGGCAGCUCUCACUCACUCUGGGGAGGGGCGGGGCCGCGGGCGGAGACAGGACAGUAAGCGAGGUUAACCAGGAUGUGACUUCUCACAGCGAUUCAGAGGUGGGCUCAAUGCGGUCCUCCUUGGGUGUGAGAGGGGGCGGAGCCAGCUCGUCCUCAGGUGUGAAGGGGCGUGGCAGUGGAGGGGGCGGGGCCAGCUCCUCAGGUGGGAAGGUGCAGGCUCUGCUUCAGUCGUACAGCAGCUCUCUGAGGAGGCCGAGAGGACUGGGGAGAAGUCUGAGCUCCUACCUCAACCACACCACACGGCUCGAAAUUGUCCACGAGGAUGUGAAGAUGAGCUCUGAUGGAGAGAGUGAGCCGGUGUCUUCUGCUGACGAGGUUCAGCAGAGUCCAGUCCGAGUGCGCCUCAGGAAUAAGAAGAUCUCCAGAGAGGACAUAAACAAGCGCCUGUCUCUUCCGGCCGAUAUCCGUCUUCCCGAUGGCUACCUAGAGAAGUUCAAUAUGAUUGGUCCGGGCAUUUUUGAUCAACCAAUCAGCAGGCGGCUGCGCAGAGUCUCACUGUCAGAAAUAGGUUUUGGGAAACUGGAAACCUAUAUUAAACUGGACAAAUUGGGAGAGGGAACUUACGCCACUGUGUACAAAGGACGAAGUAAACUGACUGAAAACCUGGUGGCUCUGAAGGAAAUCCGCCUGGAGCACGAAGAAGGAGCUCCCUGCACUGCAAUUAGAGAAGUGUCUCUUCUGAAGGAUCUGAAACACGCCAACAUUGUCACACUCCACGACAUCAUCCACACACAGAAGUCCCUUACUCUCGUCUUUGAGUAUCUGGAUAAAGAUCUGAAGCAGUAUUUGGACGACUGUGGAAACACCAUUCAUGUUCAUAAUGUAAAACUCUUCCUGUUCCAGCUGCUCAGAGGGCUGUCCUACUGCCAUCGCCGAAAAGUCCUGCACCGAGAUUUAAAACCCCAAAAUCUGCUCAUCAAUGACAAAGGGGAACUCAAACUAGCCGAUUUUGGUUUGGCUCGAGCGAAGUCUAUCCCCACGAAAACUUACUCUAAUGAAGUGGUGACGCUGUGGUACAGGCCUCCAGAUAUUCUGCUGGGAAGCACCGACUACUCCACUCACAUCGACAUGUGGGGCGUGGGGUGUAUUUUCUACGAGAUGGCCACAGGGCGACCUCUGUUCCCCGGGUCCACGGUGGAGGAGGAGCUGCACUUCAUCUUCAAACUACUAGGGACGCCCACGGAGCAGAGCUGGCCUGGGAUCAGCUCUAAUGAGGAGUUUGUGGCCUAUAACUAUCCACAGUACAGAGGAGAGAGACUCAGCAACCACACGCCCAGACUGAGCAGUGAGGGAGUGGACCUUCUGUCAAAAUUCCUACAGUUUGAGGGGAAGAAGCGUAUUUCGGCCGAUGAUGCGAUGAAUCACCCGUACUUCAGCGUGCUUGGGCGGAAAGUGCUCACUCUGCCUGACACCACGUCAAUCUUCAGUAUCCCAGAAAUCCAGUUGGAGAAAGAGUUGAUACGACCGCCAUCUUCAGUGGAUCCAGUGGGUCAGAUCAGCCCCUCACAUCGGCGCAGUCUUCUCUUCUGACGUCUCCGCAAACUGAGGACGAGCAAAGGGAAGUUUAACUGCUCUGAGACUUUUAUCAUUUCUUACUGUUUGAACAAAGCUGGAUCCAGAAUCUAUGACACGUUUAGAGUUGAAAUAUCCUUAUCGCGUAUUUCGUUUCCGCUGCAACAGUUUGGAUGCAAUAACAAACCGUGUAGGAGCAGCCAUUCUUCUUAAAACAACAAACCCAUGAGGAGCCGGUGGAUCCGAGGCAGACGUCUUCCAGAAUAAUUUACUGCAAACGCCGAAGGGAAGUCCUGGAAAACCUGGAAAUGCACCACAAACAACCUGGAAUAAUCUGGAUUCUCUUAAGGCUAUGUCCACUUUGUAAAGCAAUAGAUAAACAAUUUUCGUUACUGUAUUAUCUUAUUUUUUUAAUCAAUCUUCCACAAUAUUUGUACUUUUAAAUUGUACUUAAUUCCCAUUUAUCCGUUUUCAGUAAGCGACAAGGAGUAGGGCGAAUUCUGAAAUCAUGAAUUAUGUUUUGACUUAACGUUUUUUUAUGAAUCUUUAAAUUGAUAGUCAUUAGAAUAAUAAAAUAUAGAGCUAAUCACUGUGAAUUAAUUUAGAGCUAAAAUACUAGUAACUCCCUGGACAUAGCCUAACCUGCAGUUACCAGCUCCACCACUAGGAGCUGCUCUUUCUCGAGCGAAUAACAAACCGAUCCCUUUGCGACCUCGCACGCAAAACGAACUUCAAAUUUAACCGGAUCUGAUCAGAUUUUGUGGGAAUUUUACCAUCACCAUGGAGACUGUUGAAGAGGAGAAGCCAUAGACUGUUAUUGUGCAUGUCUCUAACACUGGUCUAUAUUUAAACUCACAUAUUUACAAUAACUUUCUGCUGAGGACAUUUGCACAAAUCUAUUUAUUUAUAUCAAGGACUAUAACUGAAGGAGUAGUUUUACAGUCUAAAUGAAUGUAUUAUUUAGUUUGUGGAUGGUUUAAUUUUUAGUGACUUAUUUGUUGUUUUUAUACGUUUUCUGAUGCAAUAGUAAAUGUUAAUUUUGCAGCGUUGGAAUGAGACUACUUUUAUGUUUUUAAACCGUUUUUAUUUUAAAACCCUAAAGCCACUUCGUACUUUCAGUUCACAGAUUACUCAUUAUGGAAAAAAAGAAUCUUGCAUGAAUAUGUCAUAUCAUGCUAUUUUUGGAUCUGUUAUAAUAUUAUUUCUUCGUAAAAACAUUCCUGGAGUCUUGUUUUGUUUCAUUCACACAUGUUUAACACACAAAUCCUGCAAAUUUAGUUGAAACACUUGAAUGCGAAUGAAACAAAACACAACUCCAGGUAUGUUUUUGAUGAAGUAACAACAUUAUAACUUGUCUUAGUUAACAAGAGUCAAUUUUGCGUAAUAUAGGACCUUUAAGAUUGCAUAAAAAUCAUUUGUUUCCAGUCUACUACUCCCCUUGAAAUAACUGUUAUGCAUUUUGCUCAAAGAAAAAUGUAAACCUUCUUAUUGUUUUCUUUUUGUUUCAUUUGGUAGUCUCUUUCCAACGCUUUAAAACAAAGCCACUAGAUUUCUUUAUAUUUUUUUUUUCUCCUGGCAUCGUAUUGGUUCUGAUUGUGAAACUAACGGCAUCUCAGUGUUCCAGGUCUAGUCCCUUUUUCAGGUUCAAUUUAAUCAGAAUUCUUAGUUUUUUACUGCUUGUUGUUGUGGCCAACGUGAAGUUGAACUUGUGGAAGAUUUUAGCAAUAGACAAAAUCAAAUAUUUAAAAACUGUAGACUCUGAGGCAUUUAUUCAGACGUGAAUCAAGAUAUUUUUAUGUAUACAGUUUCUAUACAGUCAAUGGAGAAAUAGCUGUGAACUUUUUCAUUUAAUAUGGGAGAAUUAGAUUAAGAGAUGUCUGGAUUUUUGAAGUAACAGUUGGGGGGGGUUGUUACUGCGGUUGGCCGUGGGACUUGUGGAUAGUCAAAAUUGCUUUAGUGACUGUUAAUGUAAAUUUUGAAUCAAUGAUGGUAGCAAUAUGAAUGUAGACUGACUUUAAAAAAUGUAUGUUGAAAAUGACACAUGGCACAUCAGAGAAUUUGGCCCAAAUCUGAACUAAAUGUAAUUCUAUGGAUUUUAUUUGACCUCAUUUCGUUCAGGUAUGUCGCUACAGAAAAAUAUUGCAAUAAAUGUUCAAAUUGAAACUACUUUAUGCCACUGAUUAAGAUUAAAAUGAAGCAAGAUAAUCCCAGUAAACCGUUUAAAAAAUUUACAGUAUCAUUUAAAGGCCUGCUGCAACAAAUAAAUACCGUAUUUUCUACACUAUAGGGCGCACUCUCAUUAAAUGGUCUAUUUUCAAACUUUUUUCACAAAUAAACCGCACCAGACUUUAAACAAAACACAACAGUUGGAUGGGUCAGUGGUUUUGUUUGUUUGUGGCGUUCACGGUGACUCUGGGCUUUGUUCAGUUGUGGCGUGUAGGGAGGGUGCUGUCUGGGGCCACUGGAUUGUCGGCGUGUUCGCAGUGACUCAGUUGGUCAGUUGUGUCUAGAAGCGGCACAUUGCGCUCGCUUCUUCGGUUCGUUCCUCCAUUCCGUUCCUCGUCGGCUUGGAGUGAUGAGUGCGUCUGCGGGUGUUUUUCUGCUCCGUGCGUGUUUGCGUGCGCUGCGGAUGAUGCGGCUUUGUAGUUUACUGAAGUCGUGCUGGGACACCCGAGAGGAUUAUUGUAUAGGGCGCUCUGGAUUGUGGGACGCGCGGUCGUUUUUUGAUGGGGUUGGAGGCUUUUGAGUGCACCCUAUAGUAAAUCAACUAGGGAUGUAACAAUAACGGAAAUAUCGUGAUAUCGUAUCGUCAAAAGUCUUAAAUAAUAUCAUGGGCUGUCACAAUAAAUCGAAUUACAAGGUUUUACAGUAGCAACGGCUUAUAAACUUUGGGAACUACAUAUCCCAUGAUUCAUUUCAUCACAGACAACAUGAAGAAAUAUGUUUUAGACUUGAAUUCUUGGCAUUAUGACGGAAAUAAUUCACACCAAAAUCUUGUCAAGGUAUUUUAAAAGCUUCAAAAGAGUCCCAUCUACAAUUAUAUCAGCCUCUUCAAAAUAUCGUACCGUGAGAUGCACAUCGUGAUAAUAUCGUACUGAGAGAUUUAUAUAUCGUUACAUCCCUAGAAUCAACCAAUUAGCUGUAAGACUGACUUAUUCAACCCUCUACAGCUCAAAUACUUUCUUAUUAAAACAAAAAUGAGAAAAAUCUUGCCACUUUUGCGAAAAAAAAUUAUAAGUGAUAAAUACUGAGCCACAAAAAUUAUAGUUCCAUCUUUCAAAUAUUGAACGAUAAAAUGAUGUAGUAAUUAUUGUGACAGGCCUAUUCCAAGUCACUCAGUUUUCUUUAGAGUGGUCAUGUGACGUUGCUGUGACAUGUUUAGUGUUGGGAGUGUUACUUUUAAAAUGUAUUCCCCUACAGAUUACAGAUUAUAUAGCCCAAAAUGUAGUUUGUAACGUAAUCCAUUAAAUUACUUAAAGUGAGUAACUGUAAUCUGAAUACUUUGGAUUACUUGAAUUGUAGUAGAGAAGCAAAGACUAGAGAGGAUAUUGUAACAUAAGAUGUUUUAUCUGCUAAAAGACAAUAAAAAGCCCAGACUUUACUGAACCAAAUUAAAAUAUUAUUGCUAGAAGAGGAAGAGACACGUUCAAGCAGCAUGAUUUAGUCCUGUUAUAUCCUGUUUUAGUCUGCGUUUAGUCUGGUUUUAGACCUGGUUUAGAUCUAGUUUAUCUCUAGUUUAGACCUGGUUUUAGUCCUGGUUUAGACCUGGUUUAGACCUAGUUUAGAUAUAGCCCAAAAUGUGAAAACAGAAAAAUACCGUGUAAUCCAUUAAUUUCAACAAAGUAAUUGUAACUGAAUACAGUUACUCAUAAUUUGUACUCUGAUUACGUAACUCUGGUACAUGUAAUCUGUUACUCGCCAACACUGGACAUGUUUACACAAAUUUUGGUGCGGUCUUCCUACCUGUAGAGCGCCAUCUGCAGUCCGGCCUCUGCAGGACAGUAUCCCAGAUGUGCGAGAGUAAAAAGGCCCUUCGUCUCGGUUUAUCGUCCAGUGGGGAAAACGUGAUUAAAUCAGCUAAAAAAACACGUCACAGAAACAUCACGUGACCACUCGCACUUCAAAUUUCUCACUCAUUAUAAGAAAAAUGGUCUGAUAAAAGAAUUAUUAUCACAAGACCAAAUGGACCUCACUGAAUUAAAUCUGAUUUCAAAACCAACUCAGACCGCAUUCUUAUAUGGUUCAAAGUUGGAUCUGUCACGAUAAUUACUGUAUCGACUUAAAGUUCUAAUAAGUAAUAUGAAAGCUGAGACGGUAUUUUUGGGGGUCUGUAUUUAACGUGGAUGCUUUUUUUUCAUACAGCUGGGAAAUUUUUGUAUAUUUUUUUCGAUACGUUAAGAUUUAAGCUGUAAAAGUUGAAUUAAUAACUCCUUACAGUGUUUCAUUCUGCUGUUUAUUUAUUGUAGCUCAUGUUGUAGAUUCAGAGCAGUUUUUGUGGUUUAAAUCUACUUUAUUGUUAAUGUUUCAGUGGCAUAAAUUAGUUUCAGUAUUAUCGUUUAUCGUCUAUAUUUACUUCAGCAAUUUUUCACUCUUAAAAAACUGUUAUCGUGACAGGCCUGUUCAGAAUAGUGUUUUAAGUUUUGCACUGUGACGAAAGAAGUCAGCUACUGGUAUUAUAUUUUACAGUAAAUUGGAAUUACAGGUGAAAUAUUGUAAACUGGAUUUUUAAUAUCAAAUGCGGACACUUGUAAUGUAAUGAGGUAAUUAUAGUGAGUGGGAAUAACAUGGAAAGGCAGUACUGACCAUGUUCCGUGGUGGAAGGAGUACUCAAUUUUCUUAAGUAAAAGUACAGAUAAUGGAGCAAAAAUAGUGAAGUAAAAAUAUCACAUGAAAAAGGUAAUUAAAAGUAUUAAAAAGUAGAAGUAUUUUGCACAGAGUUUGAGUCUCAAAUGUUCAAAUGUACUGAUUUUGAUAAGAUUUGAGUUGGAUUUUGUUCAACUGAAACAAUUGAUUUGUUUCAUUCAUUUUUUCCUAGCAGUUUCUAUUAUUUGUAUAUUUUUGUUUUCUCGAAGUAUGAACGUGCUUUUCAGCUGGUCUCAAACAAUAAUGAAAAAAAUACUUUUACUUUUCAAUCUAGUUUAAAAUGCAGUGGAGUAGAAAGUACAGAUACUUGCUCUCAAAUAUAGUCAAGUGAAAGUAAAACAUCCACUUUAAGAAAACUCCAGAUACCUCAAAUUUAUACUUAAAGGCGCACUAUGUAACUUUUAAUCAUUUGACGGACCCUCUAUCAGAAACGUUACAGAAUGCACCUCUAAAUACAGUACUUUUACUUUGUUACGUUCCGCCACUGCUCAUGUUGUAUCUAUUAUGCAAACUUAUUUUUUACAGUACUCUGCUAUCCACAAACUCCACAACCACAAUGUAAGAUCCCCCCCGCUGGCUUUGGCUCCUGUUCAGUGUUCUCUGUUCAGAUGAAGGUAUUUCAGUGGAAGUGCAGAAGGUUUUAGUGACUGAGAGAAUCUGGGUGACUGUUGAAUGUAAGUUACGUGCUCAGUAUUUCAAUGAUGUACAGUUACUAUGAAUAUUAUUAUGAACUCAGAUUGUGGUUGCUUUUGUAAAACUCGCUCGAUUUUAACCAAAGUUUUCCCGCAAUAUACCGCAAUGCAUGCUGGGAUAGCUCCAGACCUAAUAAAGCGUCUCUUCCAUUCGCCGAGAAGCACUUCGUUUUAACACUAAUAAGAGCCACUGACUUGAAGCAGUCCAAUAAGAACCACUGAGAUGUUUGUGUUUAUGUGACAAAUGCUGUUUACUACAUGUACCACAGAUAUACAGUCUACAAAUAUAUUCAAUAAAUCUUUAUUUAUUAUCACA